CCACUCCGUCCGUGAACGUCUAUUCAUUGUGUUACGGCGAUGGUCCAAUGGUUCCGUCACGUGGGACAAACGCUGGGCUCUGCAAGUGAGCAUACCAAUGGAAGACGCUACUGGUGCUGGCUACGUGAUUAACCUUUAGAAAAUUCACUGUACUUUAAAAAAAAGUGUGGUUAGAAAUUUCCGGUAGCCAAUAGUCCUAGUUUGUAGUGAAUGUAUCAAAGUAUGAAAUUAUGACACAGGCUAAAAAGGUUGGACGGGAAUAUCCCUGCAGCUGUAACUUUUGGUAGUGUUGUUCUGGCGUGGCGCGAAUUCUGCCAGGUCCACCGCCAAAUUUCUCGUUCAAACUGGCAGGCGUCCUUCCCCCUAGCGUCUGACCACAUCACCAUCAAUCGCCGUGAUCAGCUCCAGGACAGACUCCGUUGACUAGCCGUGCGGCUUGCAGGCAAUGUUGUUAUAACAGAAGCCCAUCCCCUUUAAAACGGAAUAUUUGUCUGAGCCACCACCUGGCCUCGAGAAUUCGAUGAUGAUGGCGAGCAGCCAUUUGGUAACGCGCGGCGCGCAAGACAUGGCCGGAGAACUCUCCCAGAGCGAGCGAUAUGAGCUGAGCCAGUACGACAAGAUCGUGCAAUUUUGCAACGCCAUUUUCGCAGGAGAACAUCCGAGCAUCAAGCUUCCGGCCGAUCGAACACCAAUAGAUGCAGCCAGUAUUGAAACUGCUCUUCGCAACGCAAGCAAGCGCGCCGAAGAAAACCGUUUCUCCGCGUCAAAGCAGCCCACAAGAGCCAAUCCAAUCUUCCUUGAGAAAUCCGAGGAACUGAUUUGUGCCGAGAUCCAGCUGGAGCGGCAACGACUUGAGCGCAGCCUUCGGGACGAGCUGGAAGAGCAGCGAGCCACCAAGCAUGUGCCCUCCGAGGCUUGGAGUUCUCUCGAUUUGUCGGGUAUUUUAUCAAAGGCCCUUGCCAUGACAGGAGCCGAUGACGCCGAAAAUGGAGUGCCAAGUGGACCAAAACGUGCUAACAAUGAUAAUGCAAGUGAUUCCUUUGAUGAUAACACCUUCUACUCGUCCAACGAUGACUUUGUCACUUCUCAACCAACUCCACAUUCCCAUAACCGCAACGACAAGGCAAAAGGCAAUCCAUCUUCGAAUGCUGCGAACGAUGCAAGGGACUCAUCCCCAUAUUCUCCUGUUUACAAUGCGCCAGCGCAGCCAGUCAGUGUGCCAACCAACCCUGUGCAGGUACCUGGGCUUAACGCGUACAAUCCGGGCACCGCCAAUAUUCAACAAUGGAUUUCGUCCUAUUUGGCAAUGGUUCAAACUAGCGGCCAGGCGAUAAACGCUGGCCACGCUCCAAACGUCGCCUCAGCCUACGGCGCUACACAAGGUGGUAAUCCAUACACAGGCGUACCGGCGGAGGAGAGUACCAGAGGCGGUCAUGGGUCAGACAGGAAGAAGUCGAAAAAGAAGAAGCGUAAGGCUGACCGCGAAGCGAUGAACGCAGCACCUUCACCACGCAUCAAGGCUGAGCCGCGUUCAGUCUCACCAGUUGCUGGCCCCUCUCAAAUCCGACCUAGUAAACGUCAGAGACAGAUGCACGACCAAGGACAGGAUGUUGGGUAUGACCCUUCACAUUCCAACCUAUCCGGUGCUAAUGUGCAAGGGAACUAUCAACGACAUAACGAACCUGCGUCGCGAUCUACCAACGCAACGGUGGUGCCUCAGCCGAGAUAUUUGACGGAAACAAUGCCUCCAAGAUGGGUUGAACAUGAUGGUGGGUAUGCAGGCGAGCCAGUGGAGUAUUCUAAUGCUUACGGCUCGCGGCAUGCAUCAGGUGCUGCUAAUGUUCAUCAAUCAUCCUCAGAAACUACCCAGCAGGCCGGCUACCGAGACCCUAGACUUGGCCAAGGAGAGUCCCUUGAAGUCCGCCACUACCCGCCAAGGGUUGCAGCAGAGGGGUAUCCAGCAGUCCACGCUCAACCAACGCGCAUUUAUGUGGACGGGUACGGUCGAGAAUAUAUCGAGCCCCAGCCACAAGUGAUUCAUCAGACGGCAGCACCCUUGACUACUGAACAGGGAUAUAACGCUAUACUGCAGCGAUCGAUGGCUGGGCAGCAAGUCGAUCGACAAUUUGACAGUGGACGAGCAGUAUAUGGAGGCCAUACAGCGCCAUACGCUCCGCAACAUAGCGGCGGAAUUGUUAGGGGCGAAAGCCAAGGGGGUGACAACCGAUUUAGAGGUUAUUCAGAGCACCCUAUGUCUCAGGCACAGCUGGUCAUCCAGGCUGCACAACAAGGAUCGGAGAUGGCGUCUAACCCUGCGUUGCGCGCGACGAGUGCGCACCCAGGUGCCCAAGGUCAUGAUGCAGGGAAUAUUCCCCCAUAUCUGCGUACCUAUGGCCAGAUUCCCGGACACCCGACUGGUGUAGACUACAACGGCCGACAAGCCGAAUCUGUAAGAGAUGGAUAUGCAUCGCAUGGUGUAGCAUACGUGGAGCAACCAAGAGAUGUAGGGCAUCAGCUUCCAUAUUCUGAUGCGUCACGAGAGCCGAUGUAUCGGUAGGGGAACUUGUAACAAACAUUAUAUGGCGUUAUUGUUGGUUGAUGGGGAAAAUAAUAAUGAUGAAUGCAUAUUUAAUGUGAAACAACCAUUAGUUGCUUUGUGUGCACGUUGCUGUAUGGUCAGACAGGCCAACCAGACAACACUACUCAUAAUAGCUUUUGAGCUAGAUCCUUAGCUUUCUAGCGACGGACAGCUAGCGAGGUGCACGUUUCAAGUCUGAACCUUGUUCUGGUGGAGCUGACCCAGAUUCCCGAGCUGCCACUUUGAGGCAUCGUUUCAACAGAUGUUGCUUAGUAGAAGUAAAAUCUUUCGAAUAUUCUGUUCCAACAUUGUCGCCUUGAUUCUACAGAAAUACCUUCUGUAUAAAACCAAAUUGUGGCAGGAUGGAAUUGAGCCGGAUCGAGCAUAUUUGGCUGAUGACGGCCAUAGUGCGGACGUUUGAGAAGAACAGUGUGGU